AUGAUAAGUAUGGACUGCGCCCCACAAAUAGCCGAGGCAAUUGAGCGAGGUAUUCCAAACUGUCAUAUUCUUUGGUGUGGCGUGCAUGUCCUUCGCGCCAUAUUAAGAAAAGCGGAUAAGUUUAAAUCACGAGACAAUUUUGAAGAAUUUUAUAAUCUAAUGAAAUUAUUAGUAUUCGAUACUAAAGAAGAAUCUCCCGAGGAAGAACAGAACCAAGAAGAAGAAAAUCCUAGAGAGGAACCGGCUCGAUCUCACUUACUUCAAGCAGAAGAAAUUGAAGAAGAGGAACAAUAUGAAGAAGAAUUCAUCGAAAAUGAAUUUCAACCUUCUCAAAUCUUUUUACCACGAGAAUCUUCUGAUGAUCCAAACGAUUCUGAAUUUAUUCCAGAAGAAGAAACGUUUGAAACAAGUGAAGAAGUUCCAGAGCACCUCACUCAAGAAGAAGCUGCAGACCUAGAUGCAGUUUAUGAUCGAAUUCUUGAAAUUCUUUCCACUGAACCGAAAGCCCAAAAGUACUUCGAUAGGCAAUGGAGGCAUCAUUUAGAUCGUUGGAAUAAGCGCUAUCGCAACGGAGGUGACGCGACUAAUAACGUCAGUGAGUCACAUUUCAAAGUUCUCAAGCAUUCUUAUUUCCCAGAGAGAAGGAAUAUUCAAUUAGAAGAUUUUGUUGUUGAAUUAUACACAACGGUUGUUCCAGCAUUAUUGAUUAAAUUUAAAGUUCAAUUAAUCAAUAGUGAUAAAGUUGUUCGUAUAUUACGAAAAGCUAAUGACCAUGAACAAAUAUUGGAAAACAAAAAAGUCGAAUGUUUGAAAAUGCUUGAAGCAAUAUAUUCAAGUUUGCAACAAGAAUCAAUAGAUUCAAAUCUUGUUUAUUGU